CACCAUACCGUAUCUAUAUUAUCUUUUUGUCCUAAAGAGGGAAUUUCUGACUUUUGGACCAGUGCGCCCUGCAGGCUGCCGUAGCUAACCUCCCGAUGGGUCGAGUAAGACAGCAGAGAACAAGACUUGAGCGCCCAAUGAUCAGAGUUCAAAAACCCACCGCCCAUGCGGGAGAACGAACUGCAGCAGAAGCUUCGUCGUCGACCUGGCAUCGGGCUAGCGCGGAAAGCCUGCGUUAUUACCGGGCAGCCCCCAAGUUAUUUCGUUGAAACGUCGAAAAAGAAAUCCGCCAGAAAGAUCGACCAGGCCGCCAGCAGAAGCAGAGAAAAAUUGGUUGAUCAUUGCCCUCCGAGAAACCUUGUCGCUUGCCGAUAUGCCUGAUGCUUCCUCACCUUCUGUUACUGAACCGCGCCAUGCAACGCUCUGCCCGGCGUCGGCCUGACCCGAAGCCAGCAACGUCUGUGGUUUUUUUUUUUUUUUUUUUUUUUUU